AUGUUGAAGACAGUCAUCGUGCCACAGUUGGCUUUGCUGCUAUGUGCAUGGAGUACACAGGCACAGGAUUUCAUGUCACCCAGUGUGAACAUUGUUGCAGAACUGGCCAAAGUAAAGAAUAUGGAAGAAAGACUUAAAACAUCAGAAGCAAUAGUGGAAGGCUUGGAGACAGAGAAUAAAGCUCUGCAAGCAACGGUCUUAAUAUCACAGGAUAAGGUGGAAUCACUGCAGAAAGAGAAUGAAGCCAGAAAGGUGGCAUUUUCUGCAUCACUUUUAGAAUAUGCAAGUGGACAUAAUGGCCCUUUCAACAGUGUGACAUCUCCAAUGAUCUACAAAAACGUCUUUACUAACUUUGGAAAUGGUUAUGAUUCAAGCACAGGAAUUUUUACUGCACCAGUAAAAGGAGUGUACUAUUUCAGAUUUUAUGCUCAUUGUCAUGUUGGCAACAAAAUGGCUGUCAGUCUUUACAAAAAUGGUGCCAUGCAAUGCUCAGUGUUUUCUUGGAAGCCUACCAACACCAAUGGCAAUGCAAGCAAUGGUAUUGUUCUUACUCUAGAGAAAGGAGAUCAGAUCUUCACAAAGCUUUGGGACAAGACUUGGGUUUAUGAUGAUCCUGCAAGCUACACAAGUUUUGGGGGAUUUCUACUUUUCCCCUUGUGA